GAUAUGAUGAAUCUCUCGCGCUUGUGGGCUGUAGCUGGGCUGCCUGCGACUCGUACCCCGAAGGUCAAAUGCCGUUGCGGGUUGCGAGCUUGCGAAGUUGUUGAUUUGGAGCCUUGUAAUGCUGGGUAUGCAACAGUGGUGGCUCACGAGCGACUGAGGAGCACAAAGCCGAGGAGGUCAGCUAUUCGGCCAUAAGUGUCAGUGCCAGUGACCGUUACUGCUUUGCUGUACGCUGAGCGCUCGCAAUCAACAAGCAAGCAUGUCUGUCAAUGGGGACUUCCGCCUUAAGAGCUAUUGGGAUGGGCGAUACGAGACGGAAGGACCAGAAGGGCAAUUUGAUUGGUUCAAGAGUUAUGAGCAAUUAAAGUCAAUCAUCCAUGAGCUCAUCCCUUUCAAAAGCGCGCGAGUGCUGAUGCUAGGAUGUGGCAAUUCGACAAUGAGUGCUGACAUGGCAGAAGACGACUACUUAAAUGUCAUAAACAUCGACUUCUCCCAAGUCCUAAUCAAUCAAAUGCAAAGCAAGCAUCCCCACCUCGAAUGGCAUGUCAUGGACGUGCGCGAGCUUAAGGAGAAUGCAGAGUUGCUCGGUGGGGCAGCAUCAUAUGAUGCAAUCAUCGACAAAGGUACACUUGACGCCCUGAUGGCCGAGACUGGCGGCAGCAUAUGGGACCCCAGUCAAGAAGUACGGGAGAACGUGGAGCGAGAAGUCGAAGGUGUAAUACACCUACUCAAACCAGGGGGCCACUUCAUCUACUUGACAUUCGGACAGCCGCAGUUCCGGCUCAAGUACCUACAGCGGCCAGAGCGGUGGUCCUUCGAGACUCGCGAAGUGGGCGAGGAGGCGACGUUCGGGUACUUUUUGUACAUCGGUACAAAGCUCGAUGAAAUUCAUCCAUAAGAUGGGAAGAUUGGCGUCUGACCGUUCGAAACAGAUA